GAAGCAACUCUUAAAAAUUCAAUUGUUCGCAAUGUGCGUGACAAGAUAAAGCUUUCAUUUGGUAACUGUUGGGAUGAACCAGAAGUAGAUGAGUAUAUCGCUGCUAUCCUUGACCAAGAUUUAAGAACCUGA